AUGUUAUGUCCAUAUUACAAUGUAUGUUCCCUGUAUCCAGAUGCUACGAUACGACCCAAGACCCCCUGUGAGCGUGCUAGAGAUGAUGUGAUAAAUGGCCUAAUUGGAGCCUUCAUCCCCACAUGUGACGCCGCUGGACAAUACACCCCUGAGCAAUGUUCCGGCUCUACAGGUUACUGUUGGUGUGUGAACAGUUCUGGACAGAAGAUCCAGGGUACUGAGACUCUACCAGGCACUGCUAGAAUCAACUGUGCCACACAGAAUGCUACGAUACGACCCAAGACCCCCUGUGAGCGUGCUAGAGAUGAUGUGAUAAAUGGCCUAAUUGAAGCCUUCAUCCCCAUGUGUGACGCCGCUGGACAAUACACCCCUGAGCAAUGUUCCGGCUCUAAAGGUCAAUGUUGGUGUGUGAACAGUUCUGGACGGAAGAUCCCGGGUACUGAGACUCGACCAGGCACUGCUAGAAUCAAAUGUGCCACCAAGUAUGGUACGAUACGACCCAAGACCCCCUGUGAAGGUGCUAGAGAUGCCGCGACACAUGGCCUAAUUGGAGCCUUCAUCCCCACAUGUGACGCAGCUGGACAAUACACCCCUGAGCAAUGUUCCGGCUCUAAAGGUCAAUGUUGGUGUGUGAACAGUUCUGGACGGAAGAUCCCUGGUACUGAGACUCGACCAGGCACUGCUAGAAUCAACUGUUCCACCAAGUGUAAGUGAGGCCCUGUGGUCUCAUCCAACACCAUCACCACUUUAAACUCCAACA